GUCCUCUCAACCACCUCAGCUAUACAAAUUCCUGUACUAGAAGCUAUUUCAAUCCCCCUCAGUACCAAACAUCCUUGCCUGGCCGUCGGAUCGCCGCACUAUCCAGCUUGCGAAUCCCAUCCCCGCUGGACACAUAUUUUCGCCUCCAUGGCAUCUACCACCGACACUUCCACCGCUGUGACAGCGCCUGCAGAUACCAAUACAACACCUAGGAACCCACGCGGAAGAGGGGGCGGUCCAAGAGGCGGCCCUAGAGGCGGUCCGUCCGAUCAAGAGCCCACACAGGCUGCAAACAAUGACCGAGGGCGGGGUGGACGCCGAGGACGCAAUGGUCGAGGACGAGGGCGUGGUCAGGGUGAACGGCCAUCGGAUGAUCAUGCAGACAAACCACCACCGGGUGUGCCUCCACCGCCUCUCCCAGACUUGAAUAGACCAGUCCUUCGCCCCAACGACAGCGAGCAAAACAUUACCCAAGAUGGCGGGGAAGCAGGCAACUCAGAAGUCGAAGAAUGCUGGAUUUGUGCUUCUCCUGUAGUCCAUACUGCCCUCACACCUUGCAACCACCGUACUUGCCAUAUUUGCUCCCUCCGGCUUAGAGCGUUGUACAAGACGAAAGACUGCGCACAUUGCAGGACUGAGGCCGAAUAUGUGAUAUUCACCGACAAUGCUACAAAGAGAUACGAAGACUUCGCAGCUGCCGACAUAUCAAGCUCUGAUGACAACCUCGGGAUUCGUUACGAGAAUGUAGAGAUCUUUGAAGACACUGUGCUGCUGCUGCAGUACAAUUGUCCCGACCCUAGCUGUGAUGUAGCAUGCUUGGGCUGGCCCGAUCUUCACCGUCACGUUAGAACCAUACACCAGAAGGCCAUGUGUGAUCUCUGUACAAGGCAUAAAAAGGUCUUCACUCAUGAGCAUGACUUGUUCACACCCAAUCAACUCAAAACCCAUCAGAAGUUCGGCGAUGACAACCCUGGCGCAGUCGAUCAAAGUGGGUUCAAGGGGCAUCCAGAAUGCGGUUUCUGCCGGCAGCGCUUCUACGGGGAUGACGAGUUGUAUACUCACUGUAGAGAUAAGCACGAACGAUGUCACAUAUGUGACAGACAGAGUAAUGGACGCAAGCCGCAAUACUACGUCGACUACAACUCUCUAGAGGUCCAUUUCCGCCAGAACCACUUCCUGUGUCCGGACAGCGAAUGCCUGGAAAAGAAAUUCGUAGUGUUCGACUCGCAGCUGGACUUGAAAGCACAUCAGCUCCAAGACCAUCCGGAGGGACUAUCCAAGGAUGCACGGCGGGAUGCAAGGAGAGUGGACAUGUCAGGCUUCCAGCUUCGGGCUCCACACGAGCCCGAGAGAGGUGGUAGGCGUGAAGGCCGAGGCAGGGGAAGGGGCCGUGAUCCAAAUGCCGAGGCAUUACCUACAUCUUCUGCACAGCCCCUAAGAAGAGACGAACUUGCAUACCAGCGCCAGAUGGCCAUCCAGAACGCCCAAUCAUUUUCGGGCAGAAGUUUUGGAGGGCAGCUCACUUCUUCGGAUGCGUUCGCCGCCAGAGCACCACCAGGGACACAGGAGCCAUCUACGGUCACUGCACCGCGACCGGCUACGAACACCAAUACACUAGCUGCUUCCGUCAGUAGUCUCCAACUUAGCUCAAAUACACGGACUCCCGUGAGCGGAUCGCCUUCCCGAGAGACGGCGCUAUCACCGCAAGAUCAAGCGCGAAGACUACGGCACAGCGCUGUCACGGAACGAGCUGGCAAUAUGCUGAAAAAUGAAGCCUCCAAAAUGGGGCAAUUCAGGACAAAAGUGUCGUCUUUCCGCACGUCAUCAAUUACGGCGACAGAACUGAUUGAAGCCUUCUUCAUCUUGUUCGACGCUUCGUCGGCUGAUCUCGGAAAACUUAUCAAGGAGCUUGCAGACAUAUUCGAGGUCGGGACCAAGAAGGACGAUCUGCUCCGAGCGUGGUCAGACUGGAAAGCCAUCAACGAAGACUACCCGUCGCUUCCCGGUGGAGCAGUUCAGUCUCUGCGGAGUGGGUCCACUGGACAUGGUGGAUCACGCGUGCUGAAGCUGAAGACGUCGACAGCUCAGUCGUCCCAGUCGGCGCUCAGUAGGCAAGGGAGCUGGGGAUCAUCAAACAGCUCAGUGUUUCCCGCACUGUCAUCUGGGGCUGCAUCUGGGUCGCGAGGCGCGGCUCGGACUACACCAUGGGCGACAUCAAGCUCGGUCCGGCCGCUGCCUGCUCCAACUCGGACGGCCGCCAAGGUUCCCAGUAGUAGCAAUGUGCCAGCAACGGGUAGCGAGGCUUUCCCAGCUCUCCCAGCAGCAGUAAAGCCAAGGAGCACGCUCUUCUCGCCAGGAUACGGUGGCGGCAGCGCUGUGCGAAGGGAGAACGGCAAUGCUAGCGGUAAUGCUGGCGGCAACGCGUGGGGGGCAGGAACAGGCUCUGCCAGUGGUGGGCUGACUCAUCCUGAUAGGACGUCGGAAGAGGAUGUGAUGGGUGGAAAUGGACAGAAGAAGAAGGGGAACAAGAACAAGAAGCAGACUCUGUUCCAUUUUGGCUGAGCUGCAGGGGCAGUGAAAGGCACACACCGUCCAGCAUGCAGCAAGGCGCACCAUAGUGGCAAGGAAGGAGGCAGCCGGGACGACUGGUGUUUAUUAGCGGGUGUUUAUUAGCGGGUGGUUAUUAGCGAGUGCUAUCACUAUCUAAGCGCGGUGUUUGGGAUGCUCCUUGUCAGCAGCCGCAUGUGCUGGCGUGUGGCAAACAGAACAGACGCUGGUAGUAAGUGGUUAUGAGUGUCCAAGACGAUGAACCCACGGAAAUACUGAAUAUACCAAGAUGAUGAAUAUACUGAG